GCGCCCCAAAACGACGCUUCUCCCGUAAUUUUCAGCCCCGGAGGUGGGAAGAGAAGCUAACGCGACGCCUGCGAUACGUUUACAUCUUUUAACAUCAAUAAACUCUCGCUGGUUUUUAACGCAAAGCAGCUGCGUUACGUGAAGGUUUUGCCGCAGCAAACACCGCCACAGGCCUGCCGGCCGCGAGCCCCGGCUGUGUGUGUGUGUGUCGUGAUCACGGUGCCCAGUUCUGACGUAAUUUGUAACGGGAUAAACUGGGGGGUGACUGGAGAAGUGACUGAGGCGGGCGGCGGAGGCCCCGCCUGUGAGGCGGGAAAAGCGAAGCCCGCCCCGCAGCCUCUUUUGUCCCUCGCGGGCCGCCGUGGGAGCGCUGAGCCCGCCCUGUGCCGCCGUCGUUCUACGGGAGCCGCCGGAGGUCAAGCGGUGGAAGGCGUCGCUACGUGAGUGCGUCACUUCCUGGCGGCGCCGGUAGCGGGGCGCGGGGAGCACCAUGCCCAAGUUUUAUUGCGAUUAUUGUGACACGUACCUCACCCACGACUCGCCCUCUGUGAGAAAAACCCACUGCAGUGGCCGAAAACACAAAGAAAAUGUGAAAGACUACUAUCAAAAAUGGAUGGAGGAACAAGCUCAGAGCCUGAUUGACAAAACAAUAGCGGCUGCAUUUCAGCAAGGGAAAAUCCCACCUACACCGUUCUCGGCACCACCUCCUGCAGGAGCCAUGAUACCACCUCCUCCCAGCAUCCCUGGCCCCCCGCGGCCUGGCAUGAUGCCAGCCCCUCAUAUGGGUGGACCGCCAAUGAUGCCAAUGAUGGGCCCACCCCCACCAGGGAUGAUGCCGGUUGGACCCGCUCCAGGGAUGAGGCCACCGAUGGGAGGACACAUGCCGAUGAUGCCAGGGCCCCCGAUGAUGAGACCACCCUCCAGACCCAUGAUGGUGCCAACCAGGCCAGGAAUGACCCGUCCAGACAGAUAAAGGUGGAAAUGGAGCUGCCUGUUCUUUUUCAUAUUACGAUCUUCCAUAUGAUAAAAUACCAUAGACCUAUGUCCCUAGGAUUUUGUAUUAAAACAGUGUGUAGAGGAAAUCUGCUGUUACUUCAGAUUGCAGACGGUUUGACCUAGAUGCACACUGGACUGAUGCUUUUGUACCUGGUCUGGUUUUUUUGGUGGUUUUGUUUGUUUGUUUCGCCCCCCCCCCCCCAUUGAAUCGUAAAACACAACAAUAAAACAUUGAUGCUGGUUUA